AUGUGGUCUUCCCCUGAAAAAGAGCACAAAGUGGUCAUUUUUGGUAUCUCUGGUGCCGGAAAAACGACGAUUCUUUAUAAAAUCAAGGAAGAAGAUGUUGAAGUUCUACCAACUACAAGUUUGUUGGAAAAUGAUUUUCAAAUUGAAGAUUUUUAGGCUUCAAUUUGGAGCCAGUGACGUUCAAAGACGUUAAUUUUUCGUUUUGGGAUUUGAGUGGACAAGGAGUUAGUCACGUUCUGUGGCACAAGUAUCUUCAUGGAACGAAGGUUGCUUUUUAUUUUACUUAUUUUUUAAAAUUGCUUUUAAAGGUUUCAUUUGAGUAGUCAUUCUAUGCUUUUUUUGUAGUCUUUUCAAAUAAAUCAAAAUGAGGGAAAAAGGCUACGAAGCGGUAGUAAAAAAAUGGUUGCAAAUUCUAUUUUUUUUUUUUUUAGUUGCAGUAUAAAUAUUAAUUUGGAAAUGGUCCCAUUUGAGCAUAUUUUUUACCUUUUCAUCGUCUUUUUUACGUCUUUUUUGAAUAAAGCAGGAAAAAUUGAAGGAAAAAACUACAAAAAUGAUAGUAAAAUUGUUGAAAAUCGUGUAAUUCAGUUUUUCAUUAUUGAUUCAUUGUGAGUAUUACUCUGAAAAUACGUACACUUUAAUAGCUUUUUGGUUUCCUUUUUACAUCUUUUUUGUUGCCUGAACAAUUAAAACAGGAGAGAUUUGAAAAUAAACCCCCAAAAUUGAUUUAAAAAAAAAGUUGCGAAUGAUAUCCUUUAAAGUUGUGACUUAAAAAAAUCAACUGUUACUUUAAUAUUUUAAAUUCAUCAAUUUUAUCAGGCGCUGAUGUUCGUCGUGGACUCUACGGACUUUGAAAGGAUGCCAGAAGCCAAGGAACGUCUCUGGAUGAUUCUAGAAAGUCCUGAAGUCGAAUGUGAGCAAAUUCUUUGGAAAAAAAUGCAUUUAAGAUAGCUCUCGAAACCUUUUUAUUUCAAUUUCUAGAUAGUAUAAAUAUCAAAGAAUUAUUCUAGCCGCCAUCCUUCUCAUUUUCGCCAACAAGCAGGAUCUUCCAGAGGCCCGGUCAAUCUUGGAAAUUUUUGAAGACCUUGACCUUAAGAAUCUCAAAAAUAGAAAGGUUUUUGAUAAUAUUAUUAUUAUUAUUAAACUGGAUUUUUUUCAGUGGAAAUUAAUCGGUACUAGCGGAACAACUGGUGAUGGGUUAAGCGAGGGAAUCGGCUGGUUGGCGUCAAAAAAAUUCACGAAAAAAAUGAAUUCCUAG